AUGAGCAUCGCGGGUGGCUAUGCUGUGCCGUUGGCCCAGUCUGUGUUCCGAGAACAGCCUUUGGAGACAGUCCUUCUAGCAAGUGCGCUAGGCAUCCUUACUGUGGUGUGCUUCAUCGAAGUCCGCCACGUCCAGUUAAGGCACAGGAGGCCGCGAUCCCCAAUGUCUGCUGCGUUGGCGAUCAGCCAGGUCAAGGGAUCUGGUUCUGAUUUGCAACGGCGCCCUUGUUACGUACUUGCGGUUCUCGGCUCUGGCGGCCACACAAAAGAGAUGCUUCUCAUGAUGGAGCACGGCUUUCCUAAUUGGACGGGCAUGCACCGCCGGUAUUUGACCACGAGCGGAGACCAGAUCUCGCUAAAGCACCUUGAAGCUUUCGAAAGCAAGGUUAAGCAGGAUUGCAAGGUCGCUGGCAGCUACGACACCUUUGUAGUUGCUAGAGCCCGGCGUGUACACCAACCGCUCUACUCUGUACCGUGGUCCGCCCUGCGCUCAAUUCUUGACAUCUUCCCGGUCCUACUCUCGACCCCCAAGACAGGCACAGGAGAUAGGUUAGCGACGUAUCCGGAUGUCAUUGUCACAAACGGACCCGCCACCGGCUUCUUCGUUGCUCUCCUAGCUCAUCUACUCAAGAUUUUCUAUCUCGUACCCGAGGAUAAAAUGCAGGUGUUGUUUAUUGAGUCUUGGGCUCGUAUCAAAACCCUCAGUCUGACUGGCAAGCUCUUCCACUUUACGGGCAUUCCAGAUCUCAUGUUAGUCCAGCAUGAUGAUGUCGCAAGAAAGUACAAUCUCCCAAAUGCAGGAUGGCUAGUACUACCCGCUUCGAUGCGGAAUAAGGUAGUCCAAUAG